AUGCCUGCAGAAUGCUGCAUAAAACAAGCACACAACUUUCAUGAGUUGGGCUACUUGAAGAUGGCUACCAGACUAUCAUUCCUUCGAUUUCUGCCAAUAUUUCUGUUCCUUGUGGCUCAAAAAUGGAUAGUUAUGGCAAUGAUUCCCACGACAGUACAUUCUGGUUUGCUUCAGAAACCAUCAAAUAAUGAUGAAGUUCUUAUCCCACCCGAUUUUAAAAUAUCUUAUUACACCCAAACUUUAGAUCAUUUUGGCUAUACACCAGAGAGUUACAUGACAUUUCAGCAACGAUAUGUUGUAAACUAUGAGCAUUGGGGUGGUGCAAACACGAGCUCGCCUAUAAUUGUUUAUACCGGAGAUGAGGUUGAUGUUACUGCACUUGUAAAUGGUACUGGCCAUGGAUUCCUCGGUGAGCUUGCUUCACAUUUCAAAGCUAUCCUAAUGUACAUCGAGCACCGCUAUUAUGGAGAUUCUAUGCCUUUUGGACAGGAAACGUUUGAUAAUUCCAGUACCCUCGGGUAUUUUACCUCAACACAAGCUCUGGCAGAUUACGCGCAGUUGUUAACUGAUCUGAGGAGAAACUUGUCAGCCGAAAACUGCCCUGUCAUUGCUGUCGGAGGGUCUUAUGGGGGAAUGCUUGCAUCGUGGUUUCGCCUAAAGUAUCCCCAUAUUGCUUACGCUGCACUGGCUUCAUCAGCUCCGAUUCUGUAUUUCGACAAUAUAACCCCGCACGAUGCAUACUAUGUUGUUGUCACCAAGGAUUUUAAGGAUACCAGUGAGAGUUGCUACAAAACUAUAAAACAAUCUUGGUCGGAAAUAGACAAAGCUGCUGCAGAUCCCAGCGGCCUAUUGCAUCUCGGACAAGUAUUUGCAACCUGCAGACCUCUGAACUCAUCUCAAGAACUAAAGGACUUCCUCGCACUUUCGUUCAUGGUGUCCGCUCAGUAUGAUUUUCCUACAACAAGAUAUGUACAGAAAGUAUGCAACGCUAUCGACGGAGCAGCAGAAGGUACUGACAUUCUAGGCAGAGUUGCGGCUGGCUUCAAUGUUUCUGCUCUGGGAGGGAUUUUCGGAAGAUCAUGCAACACUGUUUUCGACAUCCAAUCCAUCAAUAACAAUAGUGGAUGGGCAUGGCAGCAAUGUACAGAACUGGUAAUACCAGUAGGAUCUGGUGCAAAUGAUACAAUGUUCGAACCAUGGCCUUUCGAUAUUAAAAACCUUAGCAGGACGUGUAAAGCUGCCUUCGGUGUCACUCCCAGGCCUCACUGGAUCACGACGGAAUUCGGAGGCCAUGACAUAAAGACUGUUCUUGGGAAGUUUGCGAGUAACAUCAUAUUCUCCAAUGGUCUACGCGAUCCAUAUAGUGCUGGAGGAGUUCUCCAGGACAUUUCUGACAGUCUUUUAGCAGUUUAUACAGAAGAAGGCGCACAUACCUUGGAUAUCAGUACUCCUUCUGCACCAAGUGAUCCUGACUGGCUAGUAUUUCAGAGAAAGAGGGAGCUAGAAAUCCUCGAAGGAUGGCUUGCAGAAUACGGGAACUAGGGGAUUUUGAGGUUUUGAAUC